AACUUCGAUAUAGAGAGAAUACAUUAUCCUGAACGCUUCACCAUUUCUGUUGCUGGUGUGGAAAAGCUUACUUCUGAUGCACUGAUCGACGAAGGCAGGCUUUGGUCCAUCGUAGUGGUGCCCAAAUCUGAGGUGAACGAAGGCGGAUCCGAGGAUAUUGAGAUCCAAUUGAAGAUGGGUAGUCUUGAUUUGGAAAAUCCGCAGCAGUCUGUGACAAAUCUAACUGCUCGAAUUACAUUGUUUAAAUCAAGUCGACUUGAUCCGUUUGACACAUAUGCAGACCAUCUGACGGUCACAUCGUCGAUGCCGAGUCGAUGGAAUUUGAAGACUUACAUCCGGGUUGACCUCUCCACUACAUUUAGUCCACCUACAUGCAGUAACUGCUCUCCUCUCAUUCGUCUUUUGCUCUAUUAG